AUAGUGGUUGAAAUUAUUAUCCAGAAUUAUUGAUAUCAAAUGUCUUGUUAAUGCAGGUACUAAUGUGAAGAUAGCUUCUGCUCCAUCCAGCGUGGUAAUUCUCUCCCCAGAUAACUUUGAUGAGGUUGUCUUGGAUGAAACAAAAGAUGUUCUGGUGGAGUUUCUGUGUGUGAAAGUAAAGUUGUAUGAGACCUAAUUUGGAAAUAUUCCAAUACAGAUAUGCUUGAGAAGGACAAUGUUCAGAUUAUGAAGGAUAUGAAUUUGGAUGUUUAUAGAUUUUACAUGAUGGAAAGCUAAGUGGAGGUAUAAACCAAGAAGGAAUUGACUCUUACAACAACCUUAUCAAUAAGGUAUUGGCAACGAAUUAAGGACAUGUACAGAGAUACAGGCGGCUGGGAGUACAUAUGGGAAUCACUUUGGCUUGACUACAUACGGAGAAUCUCAUGGAGGAGGUGUUGGCAGUGUCAUCGAUGGAUGUCCUCCUCGUAUGCCUCUCUCUGGCUGACAUGCAAGUGGAUCUUGAGAGAAGGAGUCUUAGAAGGACUUACCACUGGAACUUCAAUUCAUGUAUUUGUACCCAAUACUAAUCAAAGAGUAAAUGACUAUAAUGAGAUGCCAUUAGCUUAUAGGCCUUCUCAUGUAGAUGCCACCUAUGACAUGAAGUAUGGUGUCAGAUCAGUUCAGGUGCUAACUUUU